UCUUGCAGUUUCUUUUGGUUUCCCAUGUACACAUUCUAGGAGCCAAGGAAGCGGGAAGAAAAGGAUAAGGAGAAGGGAAGCAGUUAAUUAAAGAAGGGAUUUCCCAUUACUCCGUCACUCUCCCCAACCACAUUGGCCGAUUGGUCCUGCAGAAAGAGAAAGGAAAAAAAAAAAGCAAAAGAGACAUGAGGCUCACAGGAGAGUACAGUAGGCGACAACAUGAGAGGGGGGUGGACGGUGGACCCUAGGCUAUGAGCGCAAAAGGGGGUUCCCAAGGCACGAGUGUUCCCAUCCUACCGGGUAAUGGAUCGGGCGAGGGACGAUGCCAAAUGGGGGAGAAGGGUCCAUGCUUAUCAUGGGUUUCCAUCGAUGAAAGCAAUGCUGCCUUGACCUCUGACGAUUAGGCUUUGGCUAUUUGUUCUACUUGUUUUUACUUUUUUCACAAGGGACGACUGGUGCCGCGCUGGAGAUGGGGCAAGCCUCUUCUUCUUGCACGGCUCUUGCUUCUGCUGAAAUUUCGGUGAAGGUGGAGGUGGGCAGCGGCAGCAGCAGGUGGCGUGGUGUUGGUGGUGGUGAUGCUGACCUCACAUUGGGGUUGCCGGACGAGUGCCUGGCGGGGGUGUUUGGGAAGCUGGGCUUCCAUGACCGGAACACGUGCUCGCUGGUGUGCAGGAGGUGGAGAGCGGUGGAUUCCAAAUCGAGGCAGCGGCUGGUUCUGCUUGCUCGCUCCGACGUGUCGCCGUUCCUCCCGGCGCUGCUUUGUCGGUUCAGUUCCGUUUCGGUUCUGUCUUUGAAAUGUUCUCGGAAGAUUGUGAGCAUCGACGACCUGGCGCUGUCUCGAAUCCCGACGCUCUUGGCUUCGCUCAAGAAGCUGAAACUCAAGGGCUGCAUCGACGUCACCGACGAAGGCCUCCACGCCUUCUCCCUUCACCGCCCUCUUCUCCUCACGAAGCUCUCGUUCGCCUCCUGCGGAUUCGGCGCCGGUGGUCUCAUUUCUCUCAUCUCCAACUGCCCUUCUCUUCAAGAUCUCACCCUCAAGCGCCUCCGCAAGCUGGACGCCCAGAAUGUGCCCUUGUCCUUCGACCACCCCCACCGCCUGGAGCGCCUUUGCAUCAAGGAUCUCCACAAUGCUCGCCUCUUCAUCCCUCUCCUCGCCGCCUCCAAGACUCUCAAAGCCCUGGUGGUCUGCCGGAGCUCCGGCAACUGGGACCCGCUUCUUGAGAGCCUCCAACAAGGAGGAGCCACUAGUGUCUCCGAGAUUCAGAUGGAGAAUGUGCAAAUGGGGGACCCAGGCCUCGUCGCCAUCUCCGCCUCCUGCCCCGACCUCGAAGUUCUAUACCUGAGCAGGGCUUCCGACUGUACGGACGAUGGUGUGUCCGCCAUUGCCAACUCCUGCAAGAAGCUCAGAAAGCUGCAUAUCGACGCGUGGAGCAGGUUCGGAAGCAGGACGAUCGGGGACGAUGGAGUGUUGUCCAUUGCAACAAGAUGCUCAAACCUCCAAGAGGUGGUUCUAAUGGGGAUCCCGGUGACCGUUGGCUCCUUCAAUAUGUUUGCUUCCAACUGCCCAGUACUAGAGCGGAUGGCAAUCUGCAAUACCGACACAGUGGGGGACUCAGAGCUGGCAGUCAUCGCUUCCAAAUUCACAGCCUUGAAGAAGCUCUGCAUCAAGAACUGCCCCAUCUCCGACACGGGAGUUAAAGCCGUCGGGGAAGGAUGCCCCAGCCUGGUGAAGUUGAAGGUGAAGAGGUGCAGGGGGGUGACACAGGCAAGCGUGUCCCAAUUGAGACUGCAGAGGGGUUCGGUGGUGGUUUCAGUUGAUGCAGGAUCAAUGAUAUUUGAGGAAGGGAUGGCGAUGGCAGAGGAAGAAACAGGGACAGCCGGAGGAGGAGGAGGAGGAGGUGGUGGUGGAGUAGAAGGGGGUGGAGGGGAGAGAACUCGGGGGGGACGAAUCAGCAGGAGGAGGAGUACAAGCACGAGCACAAGCACAAGCACAAAUGUGGUAUGCAGCAGCAGAGGGGCACUCUUACUCAGGUCUAAAUUUGAGCAUGCUCUGCAGCUCAGUAGGAGGAGUUCCUCUUCAAUUCAUGCUCCCAGAUGAUGGAUUCAUGUCUUCGAAUCAAUUUCUUUUUCUUUCUAUUUCUGUUGGUUUCGUUAUUCAACUUCCAUUGGAGUGCUUUGUUACACUUUAAAUUUCCCCUCAUUUUCCAUGGUUUCUACGCUUAGUGUUCAGCUUUGAGAAGUGGUAUAGAUUGAACUUGUUCCCAUCAAAAUCUUCUCAACCCUUCUGCUUAUUGAAUUUGUUAUUCUUAUGCUCACACAAGUUUUAAUACAAACAAUGUUAAAGACCA